AUGGCGGAAAUUUUGAAUAUUCAACGACCAAUCAUAUUUGACGACUCUAUAGCUCAUUGUGAGGUGCAUGCGCAUCAACCGUAUGCAUCAUCAACACUAAACAACAACGAUGAAGUAAGGAUAACAAUUCAAAAUCAAAACUUGUGUAUACUUCCAAGCAAAAGUGUACUACAUAUCACCGGUAAAUUCACGAAAAAUGAUAAUACAGCUGUUGCUGAUACAACUAAAUUUGUAAACAUGGGAAUAGCUCAUAUGAUCAAAGAGUUUCGACUAAUGAUAAAUGGAGUUGAAAUGGAUCGGAAUAACAAUGUUGGUAUAACUAGUUUAAUGAAAGGAUAUUUAUCAAUUAGCCCAAAUCAAUUAAGUACUUUGGAAAAUGCAGGAUGGUUGAUGGAUAAUGAGGUUAAGUUUACCGAUAAUGCUGGAAACUUUGACUUUAUCAUUCCACUUAAUAUUUUAAGUGGUUUUGCUGAAGAUUAUCUUAAAGUUUUGAUGAAUGUUCAACUUGAGAUAAUUCUAACAAUAUCAAACACAGAUAAGGAAAAAAUUCAAAUUCUGAAUUACAUCGCCAGUGAUCCCGCUAUACCAAUAAGUUUUCGGACUUGGGAAUUGUAUAAGUAUCCUCUGUUACCUGCAACUUCAAAACAUAUUUGGGCAGUCAAAACCUCAACUCAGCUUGAAAAGCCACGUUACGUUGUUCUUGGAUUCCAAACAGCAAGGAAAAAUGAUGCUCGGAAAGAUGCUAGCAAAUUUGAUCACUGCAAUUUACGAAACAUCAAACUAUUUUUAAAUUCACAAAGUUAUCCCUAUGGCGACUUGAAUUUAGAUAUACCUCACAACUAG